GUUUAUAAAGAAAUAAAGUUGUUUCCCCUUUUUAUUGAGACGCCAUUUGUGCAACUUGUAGGAUACAGGUAAAAAUUAACAGGAUAAUAGUUUAAAAGAAUGGUAAAGCUGGAUGGUCUGGGAUGAAGUACAAUGGUAAUAUUGACCGUACCUGGUUGAAGAUAUUCCUGUCUGUGUUUUUACUGGCUUAUUUCAUUAAUGAACACCUGGUAUACUUCAUACAGAGUUAUAGAUGGCCAACAUUUCCUGAUAUACACAGGCACCCUGAGAAAUACCAGGUGUUGUUGUUAGUAGGGGAUCCUCAGAUACAAGGGUACCAGGAUGAAAAUAUAUUCCCUAUAGGUACAUUGUCCAGGUGGGAUAUUGACAGAUAUUUAAGGAAGACAUUUUCCUAUGCCUAUGAUUACACGAAGCCUGAUGUGAUAGUGUUCCUCGGAGAUCUAUUUGACGAGGGAAGUAAAGCAUCAAGAUUUGAAUACUCUGAAACAUUCAAUCGUUUUUCAUAUAUCUUCCAUGAGACAAAACAUACAAAGACCAUAUACAUUCCUGGAGACAAUGAUAUUGGCGGUGAGGGGAGAGAUUUUCAAACUCAACGAAAAAUUGAGAGAUAUGAACAACACUUUGGAAACAUGACAGAAAUAAUCAAGUUUGGAUUCAUUGAUUAUGUCAAAAUACAUAUUCAGUCACAUGCUCUAACAGAGGACAAAGUGGCUGCUGCUGAAAGGUUGAGACACAAACAAACAUCUAAAUAUACCUUACUUCUCAAUCAUCAAACAUUCAUGAUGGGACCAAAACAUUUUGUCUAUCCAAUAAUAAAAAGACUACAUCCUAAGCUGAUUUUAUCUGCACAUUGGCAUAAGGCAGAGAUGUAUACAUGUUUAGAUUGUUUAAGAGAUGAUGAGUAUAGCUGGACAGUGUCCCGGCAAGAUGUCUCGUUUAUUAAUACAUUCCUUGAUUUAGAUCUAAGCUCCCAACAUUCCAUGUUUGAACUUGCAGCACCAACAUGUAGUUAUAGAAUGGGUGUGGUAAAUAUAGGCUACAUGGUGGUCAUCCUAGGUGAGAAUGGGAGUUUACAGUUUACUGUGUUGUGGUUGCCAAGGAGAUAUACCAUGUUGCUAGGAUACGUUGUUACCCUGCUUGUAUUUCUCAUUGCUUUCUGUAUGAACAAAUGUGGAACCAGACGAAGAUAGCAAUUAAAGAAACAAGAUUAAGUUCUUAAUUAAGCAAACAAGUACAAUACAUAAACUUCAGACUGAUAUUAUUAUCUGUAACUUACUCAUACAAGAUUUAAUCAUCAAAAUAGGUGGGUUUUUUUGUUGCAACAGUGAUUGUUAGCAUACAGUACAUAAUCAUACACAGCUCAUAUACCUCAUUCUUUGAACAAAUAUUUUUUUACUUUUCUUUAGUUUUUGUAGGGAACCAAUUUUUAGCUCACCUGUCAUUUUGUGACAGGGUGAGCUUUUGUGAUCACUUUUCUUCUGGCGUCCGUCCGUCGUCCGUCCGUCGUCCGUAAACUUUUACUUUAAAUGACAUCUCCUCAUAAACCACUGAGCCAAUUUCAUCCAAACUUCACAGGAUUGUUCCUUUGGUGGUCACCUUUGAAAAUUGUUCAAAGAAUUUAAUUCCAUGCAGAACUCUGGUUGCCAUGGCAACCAAAAAAAACAAACUUUAAAUUUCUUCUUCUAAAAAACCCAAAGAGCUAGAGCUUAGAUAUUUGGCAUGAAACAUCUUCUAGUGAGUGUCUACCAAGUUUGUUCAAAUAAAAGCCCUGGGGUCAAAAUUGGCCCCGCCCCAGGGGGUCAUUGAUUUUUCCUAUAGGCAUAUAGUAAAAACUUAAAAAUCUUCUUUUAAAGAACCCAAAGAGCUAGAGCUAAGAUAUUUAGGAUGAAACAUGUUCUAAUGGAUGUCUACCAAGUUUGUUCAAAUAAGAGCCCUUGGGUCAAAAUUGGCCCCGCCCCAGGGAGGUCAUUGAUUUUCCCUAUAUGCAUAUAGCAAAAAACUUAAAAAUCUUCUUUUAAAGAACCCAAAGAGCUAGAGCUAAGAUAUUUAGGAUGAAACAUGUUCUAAUGGAUGUCUACCAAGUUUGUUCAAAUAAGAGCCCUUGGGUCAAAAUUGGCCCCGCCCCAGGGAGGUCAUUGAUUUUCCCUAUAUGAAUAUAGCAAAAAACUUAAAAAUCUUCUUUUAAAGAACCCAAAGAGCUAGAACUAAGACAUUUAGGAUGAAACAUGUUCUAAUGGAUGUCUACCAAGUUUGUUCAAAUAAGAGCCUUUGGGUCAAAAUUGGCCCCGCCCCAGGGGACAUUGAUUUUCCUUAUAUGUGUAUAGCAAAAACUUAAAAAUCUUCUUCGAAAAAACCCGAAUAGCUAGAGUUUAGAUAUUAAGCAUGAAACAUCUUCUAGUAAGUGUCUACAAAGAUUGUUCAAAUAAAAGCCCUGGGGUCAAAACUGGCCCUGCCCCAGGGGUGUAGUUGCUUUUAAAUAUAUGUGUAAAGAAAAAACUUAAAAAAUCUUCUUUUAAAAAACCCAAACAGCUAGGCCUUAGAUGUUUGGCAUGAAACAUCUUCUAAUGGUUGUCUACCAAGUUUGUUCAAUAUAUAUACAGGUGAACGACUUCAGGGCCAUCAUGGCCCUCUUGUAUAUAAUUAUUUUUAUAUAUGUUGAUUUUUGUUAUAAACAGAAUACAAUUUAUUAGUUUUCAAUCAAUAAGUAAACAAAGUGUACAAACAUAACUUGUGAGGAAAGGUUUUACAUAAUACUUUAUGUAAACAGACUUUGGCAGAAUAUACAUGCUUAUGAAAAAGAAACAUUUGGUUCAUGUGUGCUCUUUUUAGACUGAUCUAUUUCUGUGAAAAAAUUUCCAAAGGCAUUUUGUUUAUUUUGAUAUACUGUUUCUGUCACUUUUCUGUGAAAUUGAAAUAUGUAAAUGUUUUCCAUUAUAUAUUUAUUUGUAUGAUGUAAAGACAGAAUUUAGAAUCUAGUAAAGAAUAAUUUUAAUCAGUACUAAGAUAAAGAUUUUUUUUUUGAGUAGGCACAAGUACGAUGUUUACUUGCAAUAUGCACAACUUAGGAUACAAGUAUUUUAAAUGGUGUUUCUGUAUUCACAUUUGGAAGUUUUUAUUUAUUUUUAUUAUUUCUUUAUAUCAAAUUUGAACCUGAUCUUAUGAUGUCACUUUAUAACCAAUUUAAUUCUUAAUUUUCUUUUGAUUGGUUUAUUAACAAAAACAAAUACAAGGAAAGGAAACACAAACAUAUUAUUCUUUUGCUCUGACUUAAAUUAUCAUACGGUUUUAUGCCAUAAUACAUACAUGUAUAUCACAUAACCUUUUUAUGUAAUUUUUAAUAAAACAAAAGAAUUUGGAUGGAAUUGUACUUAAACAUGAAGAUAAUUAUUUGAUUAAAAGGAAAUAAGUUAAAGAAUAACAUGUACAACAUUAAACUUUAAUGCAUGUCUUAUAAUUAUGUAAGAUGUUUAUUUGAAUAACAAUCAAUUUGUUGUUAAAUUCUAAGACCAUUUCAUUUAAUCAGUUGCUCUUUUUCCUUUUUUUUUUUUGACAAUCUGUGUGUGUUCAUUUUUUUUUGAGCAAGCAGAAUUGGUUAAUCUAUAAAUAUUGUUAUAUUAUAUUCCAUGACAAGCUAUACAUGUACAUUAUAUUGUACAAAUGGGUAAUAUCAUGACUGUUCUGUUCUUUUUUUUUUUGCUUGCCUGUUUCGGAACAAACAUUUUAUGUUGCCAAUAAUUCUACCAUUUUAAAAGUAAUCAACAUGAAACUUGGAAUACUUGCUUAUCUUGACAGUAUUAGACAAGGGGCUUAAUUCUGAAAGCUAUAUUUUUUAGUUAUGUCCUUUUUUAACAUAGAAUUUUUAGCAAAAGUUGUUAUAUUAACAGACAAGCCUUAACACUAUAUGCCAUGCUCAUGUGGUCAAUUUAAAACAGCAAACGUUUAUUUAAACUGUUUUGCAAGCUGAGUGAAAAUCUUUAGUAGUUUUUCCUCAACAUUUUUUCCCUACAGUACACUUUUUAUGUAAUUAGUGAACAAAACUGUACAUUUGUUUGUUAUUAUUUAAUCAUUAUUUUCAAUUGAUUAAGGAACAAAAUGUUAUAACACAUAUUAAAUAUUCAGAGAUUAUAACCAUGUCUUUUUAUAACUAAAUUUGUUGUGUAGGAGCUUUUAUUUUCAUUAUAUGAACUAACCAUGUUGUCUUUUUGACACAAAGACUGCAUGAAAGGGCAUUAUAACAAAUCUAUAAGUAUUUACAUAUUAUUGUACUUUUGAAAAUGUGUAUGUGUUGAUAUUCUUUUCUGUUGCCUUGUUUCAGAAAUGAACUAUAUUAAGAAUUGAUACAGUUAUAUAGAUGGUUGUAAAUAAUCCUGCAGUCAGAGUAAGGGAAUGUUGUUGGGAUAAAAGCUUACAGCAUGAAAAUAACAUUUUCUGUUAAAUUAUCAAUUUUAUUGUCUUUAAACAACAAUAUUUUCAUAUAACAUAUUUAAGUAUCUAAAGGGGGUGAAACUAUAUCUUAUGAAAUUUUUU